GGUUAUUUUGAGGUCAUGUAUAACUGUUUACAACCUCCAACUCACUGAUUGGUACGGUGAGUCCCCGAAGCAGGGUGCACCCACUGCGGGAUCUUUCAGCGGGCCAGAGUGCGCUGUGCCUUUAACCGUGGACCGAGGUCGGAGGGCCGCAGGCCGCGGCUGCGCAGUGUGGAGUGGUGGAUGAUGGCAGAUCAGGUCGGGAGGCAGGAGGAAGCGGAGCAGGUGUCGGCGGGGAGGAACUGGGAACCCCAGGCUGAGCCUGAGCUCCAGUCCAGUCAGGACACAGAUAGUCCCACCGGCAACCAAAGCACGAUGAUGGAAGACACAAAGUCCCUAUUGAAGAAACUGGAAAUCAGUGUGUCAGAAGCGGAAAAACGAACUGGAAAGAAUGCAGUGAAUAUGCAGGAGAUUUAUACAGUAUACCUCAUUGAAACAAGGCCUGUUAAUUCUCAAAAUGAAGAUGAGAAUUGUGUACCAGACUCGCUUUGGAGGAGAUACAGUGAAUUUGAAUUGCUGAGGAGUUAUUUAGUUGUUGCUUAUCCCUCUAUAGUGGUGCCCCCUCUGCCUGAAAAAAGGGCUGAAUUUGUUUGGCAUAAACUAUCUGCCGACAACAUGGAUCCUGAUUUUGUCGAACGACGAAGGAUUGGACUUGAAAACUUUCUUUUGCGUGUUGCUUCUCAUUCUGUUCUAUCUCAGGACACAAUCUUCUAUUUAUUUUUAACACAGGAGAAUGGUUGGAAAGAAGCAGUAAAUGAAUCGGGAUUCCAAGCCAAGGCAGAUUCCAGGUUAAAAGCUCUAAAUGCAACAUUUAGAGUCAAAAACCCAGACAAGAGAUUUAUGGAGCUGAAGCACUAUGGGGAUGAACUGCAGUCCGUCAUCUCACAGCUUCUGCGGGUCAGAGCAAGAGUGGCAGACCGCCUAUAUGGUGUAUACAAGGUUCAUGGAAAUUAUGGAAGGGUUUUCAGUGAAUGGAGUGUAAUAGAAAAGGAAAUGGGAGAUGGACUUCAGAGUGCUGGCCACCACAUGGAUGUAUAUGCAGCAUCUAUUGACGACAUUCUAGAAGAAGAGGAGCAUUAUGCAGACCAGUUAAAAGAAUAUCUAUUCUUUGCAGAAGCUCUGCGGUCUGUUUGUAGAAAACAUGAACUUCAACAAUAUGAUUUGGAGAUGGCUACUUUGGAUUUGACAUCAAAAAAACAGCAAAGAGAAGAACUGGCUACUGGGACUGUGCGAACAUUCUCACUGAAAGGCAUGACCAGCAAACUUUUUGGACAAGAGACGCCAGAACAAAGAGAAGCCAAACUGAAUAUGUUAGAGGAGCAAAUAACGGCCGGAGAAGAGCUUGUGAAAACCAAAAACCUGGAGUGCGAAGAGUUCGUGAAAAAUGCUUGGGCUGACAUUGAGCGUUUUAAGGAACAGAAGAACAAGGAUUUGAAAGAGGCCCUCAUCAGCUAUGCAGUAAUGCAGAUAAGUAUGUGUAAAAAGGGAAUUCAAGUUUGGACCAAUGCGAAGGAAUGUUUUAGCAAGAUGUAAACUUCUGCAUUCAAUAAACUUGAAUAUGAAUAGAAGCACAAAUCAUAGAUUUCAGACAUUUACUAUUGAGCACACUGAAUCCUUUCUACAGCAAUUGUAUGUCUUGUCUACUGGGCACAAAGAAAUUUUUGUAAGAAAAUGUCCUGAUAAAGUUCAAAAAUCUUGUUUGCAGGGUUAAGGGGAAAGCAAGAAGUGAAUUUCAUUCUGUUACUAAUCCAUAUGCUAUGCUGGUUUCUUCCUGUGGAUCUGGAGGUUUUCAGAUCAUUUCCAGAUGUAGUCGCAUUGUGCCAAUUGUUUUUUUUUAGAUUUUGCAAAGGCUUUCAACAAGGCUAGUUUCUAUAAAUCUUAAAAUGUAUGACUGCCAAAUGGGGCCAAAGGUCUUGAUAUUGUACAAUCCUGUCUUCACUUUAUUUUGGAGGUAAAUGAAAUUCUCUCUUUAAUUCAGAAAAUUCCAAUUUUGUUUAAUUUGUUGCAGCUGAAUUUUGUGUAAUUGCAUAAAUGAGUAAUCAUCCAGCAUGUUUUAAUAUUCAACUUGAAUAUAGAGGAAAUGCCUUCCAGUCACCAGAUUUGAUUAAUGACAGGACUUUAUUUUGAAAUUUUCCAUCUAUUCUAAGUGAUGGCAGUCUGUUUUGAUGCCAUUGUCAUUUCAACAGUGUCAUUCAUAGCAUGUGUUUCUAGGUUCUUAACAUGUCAUUGAAAUGAUUAACUGUAAUGUCCAUUUUAACUAUACAUGCAAAUUUGAGAGUAAUGUAAAUUUUGACCAUUUUUGUCCUCCAAAUCCUAUUGGUGUUUAAAUGCUAAAAUUCUGUUCUUGACACUAACUUGUAACAAACACUGUAGCCGCUUUAUCAUUGAAAGCGGAACACUUCAGUAUUUUUUUUGGGGGGGGAAUUGCUUUUGUUCUAUUUAUAAGUUGCCUAUACCAAAAUUGCCAAUAGGUAAUGUUAACUUGCAUUAUGAGCAAGCUUUAUACAACAUGUGCAAUUUUUUAAUUUUGUUCUGACUAAAAUAGUGGAUUUACACAAGCUUGUUUCAUUACAGCUUACUGCAAAGAUCUUUGUUUUAAAAAGAACUGUUUAGUUGAGACCAAAUGGGAGAAGGGAGAAUUUGAACGCUUGUAAACACCACUUUCUUUUUUAAACAACCAAAAAAAGAAUGACUUAGCUGAUUUUGUUGUCGUUUAUAGUUUAUACAUUGCCUCAAAUGCCAAAAACUGAACAGGAAACACUAAAUGAAGGUGCCUUAAUCUUUCAGCCAAUCUUGUACAUGUUUGUAUUUGAGGACAAAUGAUUAUUACUACAUUUGCUUAUUUCUAUUUUGAUUUGCUAAAUUUGUCAGAAAAGUAGUAUGGAACUCACAUUUGGAUUAUAGAGGAAUAAUAGUUUCUCCUGCUAAUUUCAUCUACCUGCCCUUCCUGUAUGUAGACAAUAUGCUGAAUAAAAUUGCUUUUU